GACGCUGCCUGGUCGCCUAGCUACGGCCGGACGCAGAGCCAUGCAGGCUGGCCCCAGCCGGGAGCAGGAGGCCAAGAAUUAUUUGGAAAAACAUCGGAUUAUGGAGUUGUUGAACUAUCUCACCAGCAGCCUACUCUUCUUCCGGCCAGAAAAACCAAGAGAGUAUUUAAUAUCUAUAUUGGAACGACUGAGAAUUGCCAAAAUCACAGGUGUGGGUUUUCCUUUCUUUAUGGAUAAUUCUAACAUUGUGUCAAUGUUUGAGAUGCUGGACACUUCGAAUAAAGGCAGCAUAUCAUUCGUGCAGUACAAAGAAGCCCUAAAAACCUUGGGUCUGUUGACUGCAGAUGAAGUUUUAAAAGAUGAUGGACAUGCAAUAACUCUGGAUAAAUUCAGACAUGAAGUGAACAAGAGGACGGAGGAAAUAUGGACAGCGUUUUAAUAUGCCAUAAGUCCAAGAUCAUAAAUGAUUGUAUAAAGUUUU